AUGGCAUCAUCACCCUGUAAAGAUGUAUGUACACUCUGUCAACACGAUGAUUUAUCAAACCAGACAGUUACAUGGUGCAGAGAAUGUGAGGUUUUCCUUUGCAUGGAUUGUGACAAACAUCACAAAAAGUCACCAUCAUCUAAAUGUCAUAAAAUCAUGUCUACUGAAGACUAUCAGAAGCUACCUGCAUUCAUGCAAGACGUAAGCGGCGAGUGCCAAGAGCAUAAAAAAGAGUUUGAACUCUAUUGUUCCUUCCAUACAUGUCCUUGUUGUGUCCAAUGUGUUACCAAACACCAGAAAUGUCAGGAUUUGAAGCCACUGUCCGAGAUCAUAACAAAUGUCAAAUCCUCUGCCUCUGUCCAACUACUUGAAAAAGAUAUUAAGGAUCUGAAGAAAAACUUUGAACAUAUUUUGCAGUAUUUAAAAAGUAUGAUUGAUAAAAACAACAUUCAGAAAACAAAAGCCAUUGAAGAAAUUCGUACAAUGAGGAGGUCGAUAGAUGAUUACAUAGACAGGUUAGAACAACAAAUUCUUGGAGACCUGGAAAUUAAACACUCAAAGCUGAAGGUCAAUAUGAAAACACUUCUUAAACAAAUGGAACACCGAACAGUUAAAAUACGUAAACUGCAAGAAGAUUUUUCCAAUAUGACACUAUAUGCCACCAAAUUACAAAUGUACAUUGGUUUGAGAGAAAUUGAGAAAACAACAUCUGAAGAAGCAAAAUACAUAGAAGAUGUAGAGAGUGGUGGCCACUUGAAAGAAAACAACUUAGAAAUUAAAAUAUCAUCUUCUUUACAAUCAAUUCUACAAGAUGUAAAAUCAUUUGGAGAUAUAAAUAUCAGAACUAGUUAUUCUACUGUUCAAAUUAAGGCCGGGAGAAAGGACCAGGCUCAACAUUUAGUUCCAGCUUUUCUUGGAAUUGAAAAUAUUGAACCAUCAUUAAUAAAGUCUGUGACAAUGCCCAAAGGAGUUUGCCCUGUAGCAAUGAAUGCCUGUCGAAUAUUACCUGAUGGCAAAAUUUUAAUUCUUGAUGGCAGACAACAACGGCUAUUGCUUUUUAGUACAGAUGGCAUCUUUAUGAGAAUUGUUGUGACAUUCAAAAGCUCUCCAUAUGAUCUUUGCAUUGUUAAAAAAAAUUCAGUAGCCAUAUCAUUUGGAACAUUAAAUCAAUCAGCACUGAUUGGUAUAAAAAAGAACAAAAUCAUCCAAACAAUCGAACUCUCUCAUAACUGUAAAGGAGUAACAAGUGACGGUCAAAUUUUGUUAAUCAGCACUUACGGUACUCUGGAUGAAAAAUGUACUUUAGUAAAUCUGAAAGAUAUGUCUCAUAAAAUCUUAAAAGGAGUUGGAGGAAACUGUAUGUCAUUAUUUAAAGAAAAUGUUUACUGCACUAACGCGAGAGAACACAAAGUAAGUUGUUACAAAAUGACUGGGGAACCUUUAUGGACAUAUAUGUACAAUGGUAUUAAAUCUCCGUGUGGACUUGCAUUAGACAUUAAUGGCUUUGUUUAUGUGGCUUCUUUAGGAACCAAUAAAAUUGUAGUGGUGUCACAAGAUGGUAAAACAAGUAAGACAAUACUAUCAGAAGCUAAUGCCAUUUUCAUUCCUGUUGGUAUAGACAUACACAGAGACACAGGAAUGAUGGUAGUUUCAUGCAACAUGAGUGAUGGCAGACCAAAUAUUUUGGUUUUUAGAAUUUGAAAAUAUGCUUAUUACAGAACAAUAUCAAAGGUGUUAAGUGUCUCUGUCAGUAGCAAGCUUCAGUUCUAAAUAUCAUAAGUGUUUCUCCUUUUUAAAUAUGUCGGUAUUUACAGUUGAAUAAAUUUCAAUGAAACUUUCCGAAACAAAGUAGGAACAAAAAUGUUUUGAAAAAUUCAAGAAAGACAAGAAUAUGUCGUGAAUGUGUCCAUAACACCGUGCUCUGCUGGCAAAGUCACAUUUCCAUGUUUACGAAUCCCAAUACUUGAGUCAAAACCCUAAUUUUUACCUACUUUUUAAAACAUUCACAUCAUAAUUAUUAUGGUAAAUGCUCGCUUAUCAUUUUACUUGUGUUGGCUUAGUAAAGACGAUUAAGUUUAUAUAACUUUUCAACAAAAGCAAAAUUUAGAUUUUAAAAAUCAAUUUCUCUAUUCAAUUUCAUAAAAAAAGAAAUUUUCUCAGGUCAACUGAUAGUUUUACUUCCCAUUAUACCUGCGUGGAGGUAUCCCUAUUUUAAAAACAAAAACAACAUUAGAAGCCAAGUUGUAAAAUGUUCAAUAAUUUCAAACUGAAUUACACAAGGAAAACAAUUAUUAUUUAUAAGAAAAUAAAUUUCUCAUAAAAAAACCCGUUGAUUUACUGCCAUUUGAUCCGAAUCAUUCAACCGAAUCAAUUGUUCUGUAUCAUCAAUCUGUUUUUAUUCGAUAUUUACUGUCAACUUAAAAAUUUCUGGUUUUUCAAAAAAGAAAGUAGAAUGAUCAAUUCCUGAGGAAUUUGCAGUAUUGAGUUAUUGAAAUGAUUGCAGUUUUAAACAGGUUGCAAUUCGCCAGUUAUUCUUGAAACAUUUUUACAAAAAUUGAAUUAACAAGUAAUUAUCUAGCAUGUGAAUCUUUGCACCGACAAUACAAUUAAAAUUUUGGAAAGUUAUCAAAACCUUAUCAAUAAACAGCAAAUUGUAUGUAUGUUAUGGGCAUCACCACAAUCACCAAAAAAUGGAAAACUUGCAAUCAACUGAACUUUAAUCAACACUAGGAGUUGUCUAUUCUCACCAUUGGAAAUCAUUGUAAAACAAAUUGUGCGUUAUUCGUAGAAAAAAUAUUUUAAACUUUUUUAUCUUCC